AUGGCUAACGAUAUGCUCCGUGAGGCGAGUGUCUCAGGGAGAAACCCGGAGUGGCAUUUCUACUUCCGCCUUUGCUUAGCGAGCUACCAAACGCUCUACAGCGGUUUCCGCGUAGCCAAAGGCAUCGUGUUUAGUCUGCUCUCAAUGGCCAUCGAGAGGGGCGUCAUAGACCUCCGGGCAGCGAAUGCGAUCAGAAAGGACUUCGAGCUAAGGGGCAUGCACCACGAUAUGUCGGAUCGAGUACCAGAGUACUUGAUGGUGGAUUUAGACUUGGCUAUGACAGACCCAUCUGCAGCCCAGGCGGAGACGUUGGUGCAAAAGUUCCACAAGCUACAACUGCAUAAGACUAACGACAGCAAAAGAAUCGUUACAACUGGUUGA